CAUUUGCUUAUAAUUAAGCAAGUCUAAUACAUUUAAUUCUGACUGCUACCUAUAAUACUACUACUUCCGUCAUUCCGGACAGGCAAAAGCUCAAGGCACAAUAUCAUCAAUACAUAACUGUGGCCACAUAGUAAAGACGCAAUACAACUUCUGAUAACACCAAUCUUCAAGCAAUGACGUCACACAGAAGAGAAGCCGUUUAACGGUCAUAAAAAUCUAUGGCUAUAUUAUGAAACAUCUGUACUGUGGGUGAAAUCUAAGGCUCAGUGCGAGACGCUUAUAUGAAUUAGUGUUUAUUAUGUCUGAAGAGAGAAAUCUAAUUAUUGUCACUGGAUUUGGUCCAUUUCUCGGACAUGAGGAAGUUAAUGCAAGCUGGGAGGCUGUGCAAAUGCUACCAAACGAAGUCAAUUACCAGGGCGUAGACUACAUUGUGGAGAAACGUCUUGUGCCUGUCGAGUACAGGGCCGUCGAUGAGGCGGUAACUGAAAUUUGGGAGCGCCAGCCAUUGCUGGUCAUACAUUGUGGAGUGUCGGGCGUCGCGAAAUGUGUGUACGUAGAGAAGUUAGCCUAUAACCAUAAAUUUCGUCGCCCGGAUAAUACGGGGCAAUAUUUGCCCAACGGCAGCAUCAGUCUCCCGCAUCAUAAUAAAAACAACGUCUUGUUUUGCGGUUUGAAUAUAGAUAAGAUUGUCGAUGUUGUAAAUUCUGAAUAUAAUGAGUGUACUGCUGAAGCGGCUCCGCCAUACAUUAAUAAUCAGAAGAUGCAGGCCACUAAAGUUUCCAAAAAUGUAGGUAGCUUUUUAUGUGGCUACAUUUAUAUAAAGUCCUUGGACAUAAGUAAAGAACGCAGUUUAUUUGUCCAUGUUCCACCAAUUGAUACGCCAUUUACCAAAUUCCAGACCGGAGAUAUUCUUUUAAAAAUUAUAAAACAAUGUAUUCAACAGGUCGUGGCAUGCAAUCAAAAAUAAAUAUUUCUUGUUUUAAUACUUA